AUGGAGCUGCUUGCUGGACUGAUCUCUGGCAUCACAGGUGCUGCCUAUGAGGUCUUCGGAUACAACCGCAAGAAUUUCCAGUAUGACCGACGUCAGCGGACCAUCUUCGAGUAUCAGCUGUCGGAGAUGCGCAUCAAGCAGGCGGACCUCUGGCGACGAGAUGUGCGUGAUGCCAUCCAGCUGACGCCCAAGAAGAUGGAGGUCUACCUGCUGGUCAUCGCCAUGGAGCUGACCGGCGCAGGAUGCUGCCUGUGCAAGGUCUACCUGAAGUGA